GCUUCAAUACGAAAUGCUUCAACAUGUUCGAUCUUGACAACUUGUAUCAACAACCAUUCUAGACACGGUCAUAUACUAGUCGAUCUCAGCAGGAAACCGAGACCACAGAAGAAGGAAAUCAGAAACGCAAGCAACUACGCAAUGGCACAAGAGGUAGAUUUCAACGAACCGGUCAUUACCACCUCGGACGGUCUCGACAAGAUCACCAUCAUUCACAACACCCCCAACUAUGACAUGGUCACCUUCUGUCUGCACGAAGAAGACCACACGUUAGGAAACGUUCUUCGGUGGAUGUGCAUGAAAGAUGACGAUGUCGAGUUCUGCGGAUACAGCGCUCCCCAUCCAUCAGAACCCAAGAUUCACCUGCGAAUCCAGAUGCACGCGGUGACAUGCUUAAUGACAGCAUUGUCCAACUUGAAGGAUCUUUACAAGACGAUCGACACGAAAUACGCUGCGGAUCUAAAACACGGGGACUUUACGACCGAAGAAGACUACGACGUCUCGGCAAACGUGGACGAGAUCGUCUCUGACGCACGGGAACGGUUCGAGGAUCGCAAACGGGCACAACAACAGGCUCAGCUGGAAUCUCAGGGUGCGGGUGCAGGUGGGGAGGAUGUCGAGAUGGCUUAAUCUUAAAGUGGAAGUGGGCAUGAAGUAGAUGGAGGCGCGGUCGGAGAUGUAUUUGUAGAGUGGGUCUUGGGUUUGUAGGUCGAUCUCAUAAUGAUCGAAUGUACAUUUUCCAGUUGAAUGGGUGGCGGGCUACAGAAGCGGGGAAAGCACUGUGAUGAAACUUCGCUCGAGUUCGCCUGUCUAUAGGACUUGCCUCGUAACUCGUACAUUGACGCCUUGCCAUACCGUUGGUGCGCUACCCCCUGGAUAGCCUUCAUCAUAAAGCACUGAAACACCCAGAUCAACCGGAUUUUGGUUUCCUUGCGCUCAUUAUUGAGUAAGGCCGUAUUGACCU